AUGCAACAAGCUGGGAAUAUAGUUGUGCACCGCUUUGAUAGACGAAAUGAGGUGUUUGAGGUGCACAAAAUGACUACCGGAAAGGUGUUAGUUGUUGAUCUUGCGCGACGGACGUGUGACUGUGGGCACUUUCAGGUUGAACGAAUACCAUGUCGUCUUGUUAUUGCUUACUGUGCUAACCAGUGUCUCGAUUGGCAGUUGUAUGUGCAUGAUGUGUACAAGAUGACAGAGGUUCGUAAGGUAUAUAGAUUUGAGUUCACACCAUUAGGUGAUCCCGAGACAUGGCCUGCUUAUGAGGGACCCACAUUGGUCGCUAAUCCCGCCCUGAGGCGAACGUCUAAAGGCAGGCCUAAACUAACCUGA